GGAUUUGAGCCUAUGCCCCCGGAGCAUUUGCGUGGGCCUCUGGAUUACUAGUCUUGUGACAUUACCACUACAUCACCAUCCCAAUCCCCUUGAGGAUAAGGGCCGACAUCACAUUAGCCGCCUUGAUUACUUUUUUUCAUCUGUGCCCAAGUUUUUGUAAUUAUUAUACAUGGAUACCCAAAAUUGCUUUGCUGCUCCACAUUUGCAAGCCCUCACCAUUAAGAAAACAUACUGAUUUGUCUGGUUGGAUGAUGAAGGGAGUGUGUUUAACCGUCAUGAAUAGUAGCAGCAGCGCAUCUUUUGGGGAAGUGGUAAAGUAUUUGAAAAUUCUGUAGGUUUGGGGAAUUAUGCAAUAUACAACAGCUUCUAAUUAUUGUUUAAAGAACAGCUUUCAAAAUCAUGUUCAGCAGUAUCACUCCAGCCACAAAAAUAAUGGCCCUAGUUAAAUUCCAUACUCUGUUAUCUCUAAAUAAAUAUGUAAAGAGUUAAAGAUUCCAAUACUGCUCUGCAUCUGGGUGAAAGUUACCUCAGGCACUGUGUGUCCUCCAGUAAGAUGCAGUAGCAGUUCAAAAUGUAUAUUAACAUCAUAACACAAGUCUUUUGUUUUGACGGGGCAUUGUUGAGACUGAGGGAUGACUCACGUUCACCAUUUAAACUAAGCAUACUUUUUAGAAGUGGAGAUUGAAUGCCUGCUGCCAAUCACCCCCAGCCCCCUGCUCCCCCACCACUCAAGUGCAGCAGGUUUACUUUGGGGUGCUGGGUUACUGACAGUGGCCUGACACUGCAUUGUAGCAUGAGUAUAGCGUUGCUAUGAUACAUGCACCACAGAAGUAACAAAUUGCAUUUGUACAGUACCUUUGAUGUAGCGUGAUACAAGCCUUACCGGACAAAAAAUUGACCCUGAGCUACUUAAGGAUAUUAAGAAAGUUGAGAAAGCUUGGUCAAAGUGCUAGGUUUAAGGAGUGUCUUAAAGGAGGAGAGAGGUGGAAAGGCUUAGAAAUGGAAUUCCAGUGUUUAGGACUUGGACAGCUGAAAGCAAGGCCUCCAAGGGUGGGGCAAAGAAAAUGGGAGAUGAACCAGUGUCCAGAAUUCGAGGAACCCAGAGCUCUCGUGGUGUUUUGAGCUGAAGGAGGUUACAGAGGUAGGGAGCAGUGAGGCAGUGGAAGUAAUGUCUUGAACACAGUGGUUCCGAUCUAUUCCUGAUAAGACAUUCUGUGCUAAAAUUGAGUUAUCCAAUAAUUUUGCUUCAAAAUGAUCCUGUGAAGUGCCUGGGGACAUUUUAUUAAGUUAAAGGUGGUAUAUAAAUUCAAUAGAUAUUGUAUAAAAGCAUCACUCUGAAACACCAGUCUUUGAUUUCCAGCUGAGAUGAUUUUGACAUGAAAAACAAUGUCACUGAUUGUAUACAGAAUUUUUAAAUGUAUCUAUCAUAUGCAAAGAUUGAACUCUGAAAUCACUUCUGUCUAAAUAACUUGUCAGUACAGAUGUCAUUUUAGUUCCCAAUUUUAUGAUUUAAAUUCAAGAGGCUGUACCACAGGCAAAAUAGAUAUGCAAAUAGUUCCGCCAAAUGGUAAUUAUGUACCGGAUUACAUCGAUUUGUCGUUUAUGACUGCCUCACCACACUGUCAUUCCGAUUGUGUUAUCGCCACUAUAAAGUGCUUGGUAAUUUCGCUACCACAUUGAGCCUUCCAAAUAAACAUCUCCUUGAGUUGACAUUUCCCUAGGUCGUUCUCGAUGCUUCCCGACAUUGCAAAGCGGACAGCUAAGAGCGAGCCGAAGGGCAGUAACACCCAGGACUGGAGGAGGGGCAGGAGAAGCAUCAAGAAAGAGCAGGGUUUAAAAGAGAAACAUUGCCGAAGGGAGGGAUCAGCUAAAAAUAGCACCAUCUGCUUCUGCUUCGCACACUGGAACCAGUCACUUACUCAGCAAACUUUCCCGACCGUUCAAUUUGCCACUGAAGUUUUGUACUUUCUCUCUUUCUCUCUCUCUUAGAAGUUUUAGAAAUUUAUUGUGAGGUGACUAUGUCUGUGUCAGAAGAAUUUGAUUACAGACAGCCGGCGAAGACGCAAUGGUAUGACCGUAAAAACUAUGUGUUUGUUGAGUUCUGUGUAGAAGAUAGCAAAGAUGUUGAUGUUAAAAUUGAAAAAUUCAAACUGAUCUUCAGUUGCAAAUCAGCAGAUAACAUGGAACUCUACAACAACAUUGAGCUAUACUGCAAAGUGGAACCAAAUGAUUCAAGACACAAACGUUCAGAUAGGUCUAUAACUCUCUUCAUGAGGAAGAUUGAUGGUAAGAAAGCUUGGCCAAGAUUGACCAAAGAGAAAACCAAGCAUGCCUGGUUAGCUGUGGACUUUGAUAAUUGGAGGGACUGGCAUAAUGAUGACGAGCAGAUGAUUGACUUGGAACACUAUGCAAAUAUCCUGAAAGAUCUGAAGAAUACUGGGCCGCCUCCUACAAUGGAUGAUCUAGAUAGUUGUAGUCAGAGACAGACUGCAAAAGCAUGAAAUUGGACAAAGGAUUCCAGGACCCUGGCAAAGCAGUGUGAAUACCAUCAAUUUUUGUAUUGAACUUUGGAACCUAUUGUGAAAGUGAUUUCUUUCUACUGAAAGUUGGCAGAUUGUCUGCUUUUUUAAACUAAAUUAUUGUAUGCCUUUAAAUUGUACGAGAAAACAGUUCAUGUCUUGAGGCUGCUUCUGUAUCUGGGACCUGGAUUGUAUGACACUAGUCUAAUAAAGGAAAUUAUGAGAAAGC